GAUGGGUCUGAGGGGGAGACUGUCAGACUCGCGUUCUCCUUGUGCAGCAAAAGGUGCUCCCUGCGUGCUGCAGCAUCCCAGGGAGGCAGGGCUGUGGUUCAGCAGUGCCAUCAGCUGUGCUCGCGGUGGGGAGGGCUCUGCUGGGAGCUGCUCAGAGCAUCGCAGGUUGGCAGAGGGAGGACGUGCAGGUCAGGAGGAAAGGAGAGCUGUGCUGUGCAGGGUGAGAGUGGGAGACGCACGAUGAGAGCCAGCCCUGCAAGGAUGUGGUGAGUGGAGAAAGGAAAAUGUUUGUGAAAGCACCACGGAGCGUCUGUAGCCCUCAGAGUGGUGUGGUGCAUACAAUAGGGAAGGCCGAGCAGCAAAAAGUUCUCUGGGAAAAGAAACAUCAACAUCUGUGUUUAAUAUCUGACGAACAGCGGAGCGGCCGGCGUCGGCUCCGUGCUCUGACAGCAGAGGGAGGUGCUUCUCUGGGUACGCUCCAUAUCCAUAGGGGUUCCCGGCCCCUUGAUUGCUUAAUGGGUUUCAUGAUUAACCGGGGUUGUUAGAGUGCUUCUGACGCUGUGUGGAUGGGUGGGUGGUUCAUCUGCUGGUGCUCAGGGACUGCUGCGGUGCGAAGGGGGUUUGUUUGGAGCCAACUUCUGUGUGGGGAGGGUUCCGUGGGGGUAGGAGUGCUGCACUGAGCUCCGUGGGGAGCUGAAUCGUGGGUGGGUUUCAACUCAGUCUUGGUAAGCAAAAAAUGUGCUGAGCUGAACCCGGCCCUGGAAAGCAACCGGUUGGAAACCGCCCUCAGGCCGCUCCUGCUGCCCAUCUCCUCAAUCCCAGCUUGGAAUGGUUGGGGUUUUUUUUUUGUUGUCUGUGACUAUUUCUGAAGUUGUGGAGAUGCCAAUGGUUGCAACAGAGCCCUUCCCAUGGGGCUGAGCUGCACGGCCCCCCCUCGAGAUGCCGUUCCCUGCGCUGUCCUCCAACCUCUCCCGCCCUGGAUGCGUUGCACUCAUGCUGGCACAUCCCCACUCAGAGAUGGCAUCAGAUGUCUCCUCGCUGGGCGCAGCCGUCGGCUCAGGGAACCCCGGGGCUGGAGCUCAAACUGGAGGAGGCAUCGUGCAGAGAGCAGCCAAGAGGCGUCCUGGGCUUGAUUUUGAUGAUGAUGGCGAAGGGAACAGUAAAUUCCUCAGGUGUGAUGACGACCCGAUGCCAAACGAUAAGGAGCGAUUUGCCAGGUCUGAUGAUGAGCAGAGUUCAGCGGAUAAGGAGAGACUUGCCAGGGAGAAUCACAGCGAGAUCGAGCGUAGGCGGAGGAACAAAAUGACUGCCUACAUCACCGAGCUGUCCGACAUGGUGCCCACCUGCAGCGCCCUGGCACGCAAACCAGACAAGCUGACCAUCUUACGCAUGGCCGUGUCCCACAUGAAGUCCCUGCGUGGCACAGGCAACACCUCCACGGAUGGCACCUACAAACCCUCCUUCCUCACCGACCAGGAGCUCAAACACCUGAUCCUGGAGGCAGCUGAUGGCUUUCUGUUCAUCGUGUCCUGUGAGACCGGCAGGGUGGUUUACGUCUCCGACUCCGUGACUCCCGUCCUCAACCAGCCCCAGUCGGAGUGGUUCGGCAGCACGCUGUACGACCAGGUGCACCCAGAUGAUGUGGGCAAGCUGAGGGAGCAGCUCUCCACGUCAGAGAACGCACUGACAGAAGGAACCAAACCCUGGUGCCUUUCUAACAAGGAUCCUGCAGCCCCCCCUGAGAGUGCAUCUAAAGGUCGCAUCCUGGAUUUGAAGACAGGAACUGUGAAGAAGGAGGGGCAGCAGUCCAUGAGGAUGUGCAUGGGCUCACGGAGAUCCUUCAUCUGCCGCAUGAGGUGUGGCAACAGCUCGGUGGAUGCAGUGUCUGUAAAUCGUCUCAGCUUCAUGAGGAAUCGCUGCAGGAACGGCUUAGGUGCGACGAAGGAUGGAGAGCCUCACUACGUGGUGGUGCACUGCACGGGUUACAUCAAGGCCUGGCCCCCUGCAGGUGUUUCACUGCCUGAUGAUGACCCGGAUGCUGGCCAGGGCAGCAAGUUUUGCCUCGUGGCUAUUGGCAGGCUCCAGGUCACCAGCUCGCCCAACUGUACAGACAUGAGCAAUGUUUGUCAGCCAACAGAGUUCAUCUCCCGGCACAACACGGAAGGCAUUUUCACCUUCAUAGACCACCGCUGUGUGGCUACUGUUGGCUACCAGCCACAGGAACUUCUGGGGAAAGACAUUGUGGAUUUCUGCCACCCAGAGGACCAGCAGCUUUUGCGGGACAGCUUUCAGCAGGGCCCAGCCCAGUGCUGCAGAGCUCGGAAUGGAUGUGAUUUGUUUGCCCUGUUGUGGUUACUCUUAUUUCUGAGGGCGCUGGACUUUGUGGCAGGGCAGGUGGUGAAGUUAAAAGGCCAGGUUCUGUCAGUCAUGUUCCGAUUCCGAUCCAAAAACCGGGAAUGGCUCUGGAUGAGAACCAGCUCCUUUACCUUCCAGAACCCCUACUCGGAUGAAAUUGAGUACAUCAUCUGUACCAACACCAACGUCAAGAACUCAAGCCAGGACUCUCGGCCUGCCCUAUCAAACCCAAUGCAGAGGCCCCAGCUGGGGCAGAGUGUCAGCCUUCCCCUGGAGAUGGGCACAGCACAGCUGCCCUCAAGGCAGCAGCAGCAGCCACAACAGACAGAGUUGGAAGUGGUCCCAGGAAGAGAGAGCCUGGCCGGGUACGACCACGCGCAGGUUCCUGUGCAGCCCGUGAGUGCUGCUGGCCCGGAGCACAGCAAACCUCUGGAGAAGGCAGAGAGCCUCUUUAACCAGGAGAGGGACCCGAGGUUUGGGGAGAUCUACGGCAGCAUCAAUGCAGACCAGAACAAAGCCAUUCCUGCCAGCUCAGUGCCUGCCAACCCCACCCUCUUUCCCCAGGGAAACGCUUUCACACCAUCGCGGCCCGCUGAGAACUUCAGGAGCAGCAGCAUGGUGCCUCCAGUGAACAUCAUCCAGCAGCAGCCGGCAGCAGCAGGCCGGAUCCUGGCGCAGAUCUCACGCCACGCCAGCCCGGCUCAGGUCAGCGGGAGCAGUUGGGCUGCCGGGACCCGACCGGCGUUCGCAGCCCAGCAGGUGGCCUCCCAGGCAGUGAAGACUCGGCCUCCUUCGUUCAGCAUGGGGACGUUCCAGGGCACCCCGGCCUCCUUCAGCCCCAUGGCAGCUCCAGGCUCCACAGCUUCCCCCAGCAGUGCCGCGUACCCAAACCUCUCCGGCCGCAGUGCGGGCUUCACCACGGAUGCAGCGCAGACCCCCACCCCGUUCCAACCCCGGGCAGCAGCUGAAGGAGUGGGGAUGUGGCCGCAGUGGCAAGGACAGCACCACAGCACGGCGGCCGGGGAGCAGCACGUGCAGCAGCCCAGCCAGCCUGAGGCCUUCCCAGACAUGCUGACCAUGCUGGGAGACCAAGGCCCCAACUACAACAACGAGGAGUUCCCCGAAUUGAACAUAUUCCCUUCUUUUUCAGAGUAAAACCCGAGAUGGGGGGGGGGGGGGGGGGGGGGGGGGGGGCUGUAAUGUAAACCUCCCCGUGUAAAGGAAAGAAAGAGGCACCCGAGUCUGGCGGUGGUCAAAGACUGCUGAACUCUCUGAACUCUCCUGGAGGCUCAGUGCUGCCCGGGGGUCACUCAGCACCACAGUGCAGUGCUUCCCAUUGCCCGGAGGAUUUGGGACUGAAGGACUGCUGCCCCCCACCCCCCCCUUUGUCCCCCCCCAGACUCACGAGGUGGCUUUUACUGUUUGUAUUUCCAUCUUCUAUACCGUGACUCUUUUCUAUAAAAGCACAAAAGGAC